AAGCGGAAAUAGAAGCCUUCUUUUCUCUAUUUAAGCGCGCCAACAAAGACUGUCACGGGAGAUCUGUCUGUACUUCAUUCACGACACACCAACACUGUUAGUUCUAUCCACCGGCGUUUUUAACAUCUUGGAAAACAAUGCCAGAAGAAACGUCCGCCGCGUCGAGCUCUGAGAGUGUGGAGGAGAAGCCGUGCUCCUCAUCAGCAGCAGCUGCUGCAGACAGCUCUGUUGACGUCAUGGAAGAGGCAAAGAAACUGAUUGGCACAGGAAAGAGGCAUCUGGUGAUGGGAGAUGUUGUUUCUGCUGUCGGAGUCUUUCAGGACGCCUGCAGCAUGCUGGCUGGAAAGUAUGGUGAUACUGCAGAUGAGUGUGGUGAGGCCUUCUUUCUCUGUGGGAAGUCUCUACUGGAGCUUGCCAGAAUGGAGAACAGUGUCCUUGGCAAUGCGCUAGAGGGAGUCCCAGAAGAAUCAGAGGAAGAGGAGCCACCUAAAGACUCAAAUAUUGAGAGUGCUAACAAUCUUGAUGAAAAAACUAGAGAUGAGCUACGGAAGCAGGUGUACGAUGCAAUGGCAGAGGAAGAAAAGAUGGAGGCUGCUAAAACCAAACUAGAGUCUGAGGAGGAAAAUGGCAAUGCUGAGGUCAAAAAGGAAAAUGGUGUGGAAAAGUCCCCAGUCAAAAGUGAUGUGAAUGGAUCAGCGGGACCUUCAAUUUCUCCUGAUGGGAGUUCACAACAAGAAGUAAAAGUGAAUGGAAUGGAGAAGAGCCCAGCCCCUCCUGUGAAUGGGGUGGGGGAGCAAAAUGGCAAAGCAAAGGAUGAUGAGUCCAAGAAGGAAGAUGAAAAAGAUGAGGAGGAACCAGAGGAUGACGAUGAUGAUGAUGACGACGAUGAUGAUGACGAUGAAGAGGCUAAUGGACAAGAAAAGGACGAUGAUGAGGUUGGGAAUCUACAGUUGGCGUGGGAAAUGCUGGAAGUAGCUAAAGUCAUCUAUAAGAGAAAAGAAAGCAAAGAUGACCAGCUGAUGGCAGCACAGACGUAUCUAAAACUUGGAGAAGUCAGUGCUGAGUCAGGUAACUACCCCCAGGCACUAGAAGACUUCCAGGAGUGUCUCACCCUGCAGCUAAAGCACUUGCCUCCCCACAGUCGCCUGCUGGCUGAGACCCACUACCACGUCGCCACCACACUGUGCUACAUGGAUCAGUACAGCCAGGCCAUCCAACACUAUAACAGCUCCAUCAAAGUCAUCGAGGCCCGUCUGGCCAUGUUGCAGGAGGUGAUAUCUGCAGCAGAGGGAGCAGAUGGGGCUACAGAAGAGAAGAAUGAGAUGGAGGAGCUGAAGCAGCUUCUGCCUGACAUCAGGGAAAAAGUUGAAGAUGCAAAGGAGAGCCAGAGAACAGCCAGCGUUGCAUCCCAGGCCAUCCAGCAGACACUAGGCGGUGCUUCAACUUCAUCAGCAUUCAUGUGUGAAAAUGGAGGUGCUUCAUCAUCUUCAGCAUUUGCAACAGCCAGCCAGAUCCCCGUUAAAUCAUCUGACAGCGUCUCUGCUUCCAAAGCAGCCUCAGACAUCUCCCACCUAGUCAGGAAAAAGAGGAAACCAGAGGAGGAGAGCCCAGUAAAGGACACUGAUGCUAAACAAGCGAAACAGGAAGCCACAGUUAAUGGCAGCGGUGACUCUAGUGCCAGCAACGGCAAUGGAGUCCAGGAGGGAAAAUCACAGGAGUCUGCCAACCAGUCAUCCCCUGUCAAGUCUUCAGCGUGACUCUCCUAGUCUCUUCUCCGAUCAUGGAAACCAGCACAGCAUGCCUGUCCAGCCCUUCUCCACCUUACAACACUUUUGUUUCUGUAAAUAAGAUCCAUUUUCAUAGAUUUGUCUGUCCAGUUUUGUAUACUUGUAGUAAAAAGAAUAAAAAUUUGCAGAUGUAA